AUGAGUUCCCAGAGCGGGCUUAUCAACGCCUUAAGCCCAGGGACCACUACAAAUAGCAGCCGCAGAUCGACCUCGACCGUCCGAUCACGCACUCGCCGACAAGCACUCUACACCGACGAUGCCGAUGAUGAUGAAAAUGGGAGACAGAUACAGUCUACAGGAUUCUCGACGAUGCUGUUCUCCGGCCCUUCUGCACCCGUGUCUCGCGGCACAACGCCGUCCCCCGCUCGCGCCGUUUCGCCAAUUCCCCAGAGCCAUCCUUCUCGUGCCACUCAAUAUCCCCGACGCAACGAUCUGGACAGCUCGCGAGGUGCACGAUACCCGACCGGGAAGGGCCAGAAAAAUCUCGCGGAAUCGUCCCGGGCGGCCGUGGAUUUUCUGGACUCGUCAUGGUCGUCGCUUCAAAGUCUAGCCUCAUCGGUCCUGGGGAGCGACAUCGCACGACCUGUUGCCAAUGGAUCUGCACGGGCACAUACACGGAAAUCAUCACGGCCGGGUCCGUCCAUGAUGGCUUCGUCGCGGACGUCAGUGCCCAGUGCAUGGGGUCCGUCGGCGCCGUCUAUGCUGGAGAUCGGGGCCGGGACCAAGGAAGAAAGACAGGCGUUGGUGCAGGCGAAAAAGCGGGAGGCUUUACUGCUGGCAGACACGAACCAGCCAGGAAGCCCCAAUACCCGACACAAGCGGCGAGAUUCCAAUGACCAAUCGGGCCACGCGGCCAUUGACCCGGAGCAGGACGAGGGGGCACUCGCAUACAUUCACCAAGUCCAAGCCACGGACUCGAUCACGGGGGUCACAAUACGAUACGGCUGCCAGCCAGCAGUCUUCAGGAAAGCGAACGGAUUUUGGCCUAGCGACAGCAUCCAGGGUCGGAAGACCGUUCUGCUCCCGGUCGAUUCGUGCUCGGUCAAAGGCAGACCCAUCUGCUCCCAACAACAAGUUAGUCUCUUGGACGACGAGGCUGCAAGGCGGAGGUCUUUAGAGGAUCCAAAUGGAAGCUCGAUAGCCGCGACACCCGCACAGGAGUCUUCUCACCCGUCUGAGGGGGGGAGUCCAGAUGCGACAUUGGAGGCUGAAGCUGAUCGAAUCUGGAAACACGAAUCCUGGGUGCAGAUUGACGGCUUCCCAGCGCCUGUAGAGAUCGGCCGUGUUCCCCGUCGGGCGCUGGGUUUUUUUCCUCGCACGCGGCGGAAAUCCGUGUCGUGUACCGAUUCCGAAUCCGUGUCUGGAUGGGAGAGAACUGCGUCGCCCUCUGCAUCACCGUCACCAACAGAGCCCGAACCGUCACAACCUCCCCCAUCCUUGGCGAAUCGACCCCAUGCCGAUUCGUCCGGGUCCAGGGUCUCCUCCCAUUCCAAGCCCCAUGUUUGGCAUCAACGUCAGCGUAGUAACCUCCACCUUUCAGGACCCGGUGUCGGGACCCUUGACCACGAUGCAAUGGCUCCCGGGCCGGCCCUGGAUGGCCUCAGCAAAUUCUUUGCCCAGCAUCUUCCCAAUCUAGCGCCAGCGCUUGCCCCACCGGACUUCCCACGUACGUCAGAAUAUACGCCAACUGCCACCUCACAUACACCAACGAGUCUUGACAAUAUCGGCGGCGCCGUGGAAGGAUGGGUGAGAAAGAUGACCACGCGCGCGAAAGCAAGCUUCAAUGAACUGCAGCAAGGAACGCACGGAAACGUGAGCAACGGAUUCAGCCAGGACAGGCGAGGAACCGGCGAUCUCAUUGAGCUCAACGAUGGGUUAGAAGCACGGAAUUCCCCGGGACGCCGUGAUGCGACACGGUUACGGCCCGAAUUUAAUCGAUCUGGGUCGAGUCUCCACGCAGAGACAUCUAUCAGAGAACGGUUUCCCAGCCCAUCGCCGGCGACGAGCAGGACUCGCUUUGGGGACCGUUACAAGGACGAUUGA